UAUUAAAUCAAACGUAGACAGGAAUAAUUGUUCCGAAGUAAAGAAACGACAAGAAUACGAUUAAUUUGCCGCGAAAAUGUGUAGCAUAACAAUUAAAGUUUUAUUUGCGAUAUCAGUAGUUGGUUGCAUUGUGGCAGCACCUGCUCCAGAUGCCACCCCCGUUAAGGCUGAGGGACGUACAUUGGGUCUACUAGGAGGUGGUCUAGGUGGUGGUAUCGGUUUAUCGGUGGGCCUAAAUAGUGGUGUAUAUGGAGGUUUUGGUGGUGGUGGUUAUGGCGGUUAUGGUAAUGGUUAUCAUAGACCUGGUGGUUAUCAUGGUUAUCACGGCUAUUCAGGAGGUUACGGCGGUGGCUACGGAGGUGGCUAUGGCGGCGGUUAUGGUGGUGGUUAUCACGGUUAUCCAAGUGGUUAUGGCGGUGGUUAUCACGGCUAUCCUGGUGGUUAUGGUCAUGGCGGUUAUGGUGGUGGUUAUUAUGGUGGCCAUUAUAGUCAAUCUCAUCAUGAAGGUGGCUAUUAUGGUGGUCAUGGUUUCCAUUAGACCUAGUAAAAGGUUUAUUAUGGAAAACCAAAAAAAAAAAAGCUUUUAAAAGACUUACGAUGUAUUUGUUAACAAAAUCAGCCAUA